AUGAGUGAUUAUAAUUAUAAUAUAGAUCCUUCUGAUUUAACAUACGAACAAAAUAAAUUUUCUGUGCUUCCUCCAACUAAUAAUCAAAAUGAUUUCUCUAUAUCUCCUUUAACAUAUAAUUUUCAUCAACAUUCCAAUGAAAUCAAUUUAGAUGAUAACACGAUUUAUCAUCAUAAUCCAAAUCAAUAUUUAGAACAUGAAAAUGUUAUCAUGCAACAAUUUCCACCACCACAGAAUACUGGAACAUUUCCAAAUUAUCAUAAUAUCAUUUCUGCUACUACUGCAAACAUUGGCGCCACCACUACAAUUGCUGACAAUAACAACAUGAACUCUUUAAUCUUGACCCCAUUAUUAAAUGAUCCUUCUUCUUUUUAUUGUGAAAACAAUAAUAAUAUUACUUGGUUUUUGACUCGUCUUGAAAAACGUAUUAAUCAAAUUGAAGAAAAUAUUUACAAUCUUUUAGGUAAACUUUUUAUUCGUGUAGAACGGUUGGAAAGCAAUGUUGAUCGAAAUCUUUAUUUUGAUAAAGUUUAUUCAACUCGACAAUAA